AUGGCCUCCCUACUAAACACUUUCCCACAAUUCUCCCUCCUCCCCGCUGAGCUCCAGCUGCAGAUCUGGGAAUCUGCCGCGGCCACCCAGCCAAGCAUGCACAUGCACAUGUUCGACGUGCAUGCGCCCUCGUCCUCCUCACCGCCACCAACACAGACAACCAACACGGCUGUCAGCAACCCCCUGACCCGGAAGAUCUCCUCCCACCGUCGGUCCCGAAGCCGGUGCUCCUCGUCCGGCAAGGUCCGCAAGCCCUCCGCCUCGCCGCCCCGCAAGCUCAACAGCAACAUCGCCGCCGCCGCCGCAGCCAUGGAGCAGGAGCAGCAACCAGAGGCGGGAGCGGGCGUGUCGAUCCAGGCCUUCGACAUGGCGCCCGAUGCGGCUGCUCACAUGGCCCUCCCCGGAGCACGGCCUUUCACCUCCGAUCCGAGCAUGUACAGGUUCCGCAAUGCCCUUCGAGCCACCUGCACCGACGCCGCGGGCGCCGUCGCCAGGGCCCAGGCCGCCGUACCAGUAUCCGACCGCGCAGUCGUCGAGCUGCCAGGGGGCGGGAGGAUCGCGUACAACAACGCAGCUGACGUGCUGCACCUGCGCUUCCUCACCUCUCCUGUCACGAACCUCAUGGAGCCGGACUCCGAUUCCGCCAUGGACAUCGACACGCCGCUGCCCACCAACACGGCUGGUUCCGCGCCCCUAAGCGCCAUCUUCAGGUCCUGCUGGUCGCGGGAGCUCGCGGCGGCCCUGCACGGCGCGCGGCGUGUGGCCAUCGAUGUGUCGCAGAUCUGGCCCGAACUGGCGGAGCAGCAGCACAGGCUGGUGCAGGAUGUCGUCUUCCUGGUAUGCACGCUGCAGAACGACCUCGAGGUGCUGUACUUGGUCGACUACAGCGCAGGUCGGUACCCACGUGCGGGCGCAGGGAUAGCAAAGGAGCUGAUGGGCAGGGAAGGCGGUUUGUACCGGGCCCUCCACAGCCGCGCUGGCGGGCAGACAGAGGGGGGAGACUGGUGGGAACGCGAGCUGCAGCGAAAGGGGGACGUGAUCCACGGAGCGGACAGGGUAUGGCGGGAGGUGUUUGAUCUCGAGAAGCUGGGUUGGCACGAGCGCCAUCCGGCUUUCGUGUUUGCGGAGAUGUUUGGCGAGGUGGUGAGGCUGCAGCAGGGAAACUGGUUUGGCGAGGGACAGAAGCAGGCUGCGUUCAAGGGGGUGAGGGUGCUGGUUGCUGAAGACAAGUAG